UUCUCACAUCAUGAUAGCAUUCCAAACAUACUCAGUAUAAAAGAGUACCUUGGAUUCAUACUUUUGUAAAGAAACAAAAAAAGACGAAUUUCACAGAGUAUAUGAAGAAAAAGUAAGACGCUAAAGGGUUCUAUGCGACGUAUUCAGGGCGUCUCUCUGACGUCAUUCAGCGCAUGCGUAUAAAUACGCAGAUAGCAGUCAGUCGUUUUUGUCGUUGCACGAGAGAAUUUAUUUGGCCUCGUUGAGAAAAUUCGAAUCCCAAAUAUUACCUUCUAUCGAUAUAUUCAAACUUUCAGUUGUCCACCAAGUGACGACUGGUGACUUAUAGACAUUGUUUCACAUCCUUUUGCACAAAUUUGUUUGCAGUUUAUUACAAGAAAGUAAAGGGGAAAUGCACAGGAGUUUUCGUGGCUUGAGAGAAAAACAUGGCGGGCGUCAUUUUUCUGCUGAAAAAGUGAGGCCAUACGUUGAGCCAUAAGUUUAAAAUUUCGACCUGGAAAUGUCCCCUUGCUGACGUACUAAGUAUGUAAAACUAGUUGGCAAGAUCCCCUUGGUGUCUGAAACAAGUACAAUGUAAAUCUAGGAGUGUAUUUCCAAGCAUUGUUAAAGAAAAGAGGUUUGUUCGGCGUGCUCUCGCACCCGGUUGUGCCGGGAACGUCAUCCAGAUCCUGCAGGGGGACUGUUGGAAAAAAAUAUACAGCCCCCCCCCACACCGGGGUGACGUUCAGUUCAGAUCCAGAACAGAUUUAUUCAUCUUUUAUAUGAAAAUGUCUAAUGCCGUGGAUCCCUACCAGUUGCUGAAGGCUCUUGGGCCUUUACUGACGGCCGACGGAGCCAUCAAGAACAAGGCUCAAGUCCCAAGAAUAGCUGGCCUAAUGAAUGGAGCCAGAAAACUUGUCAGUCGCUGCAUCUACAUAAACAUUCUUCGGGCAACCAGCGAUGAAGCGUUACUCAAAAGCUUUGUGUUGGACGGAGGUUGGGAGCUCCUCAACACGUGGCUCCAGGAGGCCAAGGAGACCAACAACAUCGCCUUCCUGACUGAGCUCCUGAAAGCCCUCCAAAAGCUUCCCGUCACCAUCGACAUCCUGAAGAAGAACAAUACCGCCAAGAUGAUCAAACAGAUGAGUAAAACCGAAACAGAUGAAAAGUUGAAGUCCUUGGCGGAAGAGGUAGUCUCAGAGUGGAUGAAAGUCAUCAAGCAAACUCACGAGAAUGCCGACGGCAAGCCCGCGUCUGCUUCCUCGGUCGUGAAGAAGAAGAAGAAACUCAUCAAGAAGGAGACUCCCAAGGGGGAGAACGAGAAGGAUGCAGAGGACGGCGAUGGUGACCCGAUUCCCAAAAAACUCAAAAUGGCGAAGAAUGCGAGUUCCAAAUCGGAAAACAAUCAUGAGAGGACUAAGAAAGUUAACAUCGGCAAAGCAGACCCGGACGCCAAGGGCAAAGUGCUGUCCUCGCAGGGGAAGUCUCCCAAGUCGGAGAAAUUGCCGUCCAAGGUUGGCAAGGAGGUUGCAGAGAAAGAAGGGAAAGUUGGCGAGAAAGAGGAGAAACCGAGAGUGGCGAAGAUCAAGAGACCGGCCCACACCAAGUUCAGGGCGACAGGUUUAGAAAAGGCGUCAACGUUGCCGCCCAUCAAGAUCAAGAAGAAGCCAGUUGAAGCUCCACCAACCCUCACCAAAGGAGACAAGGCAAUGCCCGUCAAACGGGAAGGUCCUAUCUUUGGAAAGUCUCUCCUCCCCCCGGAGAAGAAACCCAAAUUAGACACUCCGUCCUCCGUUCCCGGAAAGCCGUCCUCAAACACGACGUCCGCAUCAUCCUCAACAAGCACGUCUACGUCGGCCAGUAACAACCACGGCAAGGUCAAGCUCAUCCCUGCAAAACCUAAACAAGUGCACGAGAGCUCCAACUUCAUGGACGCGCUCAACGCGCCCGCCAUCCCGGUCAGGAAGGUGAAGAUGAAGAAACAGCAGCCCAAGCCGACCUCACCCACCACGAACAAGCCCGCUAGUCAUCUGUAUGAAACCUCCAAAGGUGGUAGUAAGACCAUGGAGGAGGCGGACACCACCCAGGAAACAAAACCGGACCCUCCAAAAUUCCGGUUCUACUCUUCUGGCCAAAACGACGAGGAUACCUCGGAGAAGUCGGAGGGCAAAGACGAGGCGAGUGACGCGGACAAGAAGAGCUCGGCCGGCACGGGCAACCUGAAGCUGAUACCGACCAAGUCCAAGAAGUGCGUCAAGUGGAAAGAGGAGGAGAAACUGGUGGACAUCUGCUACUUUGAGAUGGACGAAACCGAAAGAGUGAACGUGAACAGGCCCAAAGACUUUCGGAAUGCCGCCCACAUGGAGAUGGUCAUGGAGCGAGAGGCCAUGAAGAAUGCUAAACUCCACGGCGAGGGGGCCACCUCGCACCUCGCUGGCAAUGACCUCCUACCGUGGCGUACCCCAGCCCGCAUCCAGGUCAUAGAUGUCCCACCCAUAGAAUACGGCUCCAAUAGCUUAGAAAAGGGCGUCCAGAAGCAGCGAGAAAUGAUUGUCCUGCAGGAGAUCUACUUCGAUAAGAGCAUGAUCCCCGACACGCCCAAGGAGCCCGACCCAGAGCCGUUUGAGCCCAAGGAGCCAACAAGGAUACCCCUGGAAGACGAGACCAAGAGGAAACCUGAUGCUGAUGAGACGGCCAAUUCCUCCCAGGGAUCCACCCCCCUCUAUUCGGAGCCCAUGCUGACCAGCAACCCGGCGGGUAGCCAGCCCCCGCUGCAUCCAGGCAACCACCCACAGGGCCUCACCUUACCCCCAGGCCUGCAGCUGGACAACCUCCCGCCAGCCCUAGCCAGCCUGGUCCAGCAGAUCCCCGGGGGACACCCUCCCUCGAUACAGCCAGGCACCCAGGGCCAGCCCCUUCCAGGUCCCGGCUUGCCCAACAGUGAGCCGCCCUCCACCAAUGCCACCAUCACCAAUGUGCAGAACCUGCUAAACUCAAUCAUGGGCAACCAGGGGGGUACCCAAGAGGAACAGAUCAACAAACUCAGGGAGGUGCUGGAACCCUUCAAGAAUCAACAACCAGGUUCAUUAGGUCCACCACAGCCCAACCACCCGGGCGGGCCCAACUUCAAUCCCGAGGGCUGGGGUCCUAGGGGCCCCGGGGGACCUGGUCCCGGUCCUGGUCCCGGUCCCGGGCCUGGCCCCAUGCGAGGCAGAGGUGGAAUGGGUCCCCGCUUUGGAGGACCGGGCAGAGGUGGUUUCAAUCCACGCUUCAAUGGACCCCAGUUCCCUAACGGCCCGUCUCGGUUCCCUGGCCCCGGAGGCCCAGACAUGCCCCCCAGGGGUCCCCCCAGGCCCCUCUUGAGCAAUCCGUGGCCACGUGGAGGAGGUGGACGUGGAAGGGGAGCUGUCAAUUUCGCAUCCCGGCCCGUCUGCAGGCACUUCAUGACUCCCCGGGGCUGCGAGAGGGCACAGACCUGUCAGUUCUACCAUCCGGGAGUCAAUGGACCUCCGUUAACGCAAUGACGGCUCGCCCCUGACCCCAGAGCAGCCGAAGGAAAAACUGAGAAAGAGCCUCCCGAACUGUGCACUGACGGCCCGGUGAAAUGCACCCAGCGCAAAGGAUGGCAAUUACUCCUCUCUCGUUGUUUUGGAGUAGGAGCGAACAGAGAAGGGUCUCACGCCUAGGUGCUGGCCCUCUCGUCAAAGACGUCAACGGAGAGGCCUUCUCCUUCUGUGUUAACUCAGCCGACAGUGCAGGGAGGAUUCCCGACCCCUUUUCCGUGCGAGUGGGGGCACUGCGAUAUCCCUCACAAGUCUCGCCGACCGGAGUGAAAAAAAAUCUGAGAUCUGAGAUGCCUCUGCAGUUACCCUCGCUGGCUCGUAGCACUCCCACGCCUCGCCGGCAUAGAAGAGACAGGUUGGUUGGGAGAUGUCCAAGUUGGUGCGCAGCGUGCAGGCGGAAAUUUGCAGCAGAUAUUGGUCAUGCCUGCCCAGUGCAUUCAAUGCCAAACCUGUGCGCACACCUGGUACUGGCGUACCACAGAAACAUCAUUCCCGUGUGAAGGAUGCACCGUUUUUUGUGACUGCAAGGAGAUGACAACUACUGGGCGUCAACUGCCCAGUGCUACCAGGCUUGAAGCAGCCCGGACAACUGCAUAAAAAUGAGGCAUCUACAAACUCUGUCAAUUCUUGCUGCUCGUCUCUUGCAAUGAUGUCCAGUAUAUUGUCGCCACACCCCCACAUCAGGGGUAGCAUGCAGGCUUGACCUUUGAACUUCCUGUCGGGCUGGUUUGCGCAGACUCUCAUAGCUCCACAGUAGGAGAAGACCCAGGAUGUGCUUUGCUUCGGAACAUUUCAAGUACUUGAACCAUUUUGGUCUGAUUAGUGGCCACUCAUGAAGUCGUCACAGAUAUACUGAGACCUUUCUGUGUUGGACUGCCCACGUCGUGGGGUACCACUCACAGAAUCACUUGCGUUUGUAUUCCAGAUUGGCAUCUUCCGUCAUUUUUUUCAUUCUUUUUAUACAUCAGUCAGACUCUCAUUAUGAAGCUGAAGUUUGGAAUUUUCCCUACGCACUUGUCCAAAGUGGGACACCCCAUCUUCCAGCCCCCAAGGAAAAAGUGAUUUCUAUUGUAGGAUUGGGCCCCAUGAAGGCUUCUGUCAGUUGCCUGAACAAUUUUUUAUCACGCUUUUGAAAUGGGGAAAAAUGAAUAGUUCCCUCCCUCCACCGUACACACUCAAAAAAAAAAGGGAAAAAAAUUUAUUCUUUCCUUUUUAGCCAAGGCUUUGUGAUUUUUCCUAGGUCUACAAAGCAUACCCUCCCCAUCUGUGUUUUUCACCAGUAGCCUGAUUGCUUAUAAUGGAACUGCAAAUUGUUGUUAUAGGCGUUCAUUAUCUGGGACCAUUUUUAAUCUGCACGAAAAAGUAGGGCAGGUUAUUAGUUCAGAAUGUGACCGGGGGCAGGGGAAUUGGCAAUCCUUUGACCUAAAAACACUGGGAUUGACUGUUUACAGAACAGUUAAUAAGUCAAUGGCAAGGGACCACACUUUGAUUAUGCCCCCCCCCCUUUUUCUCGGUCCGCCCUCAGGUAAAUUUUCCUUCAUACGUUCAGCAGUUAUUAGGCUAUCUCUUUGUUCUGGUUUUGAAUAACUCACAGGUAGAUUAUGUUGGAGUUCGAACCUCUAUAGACAAAUAACGACGAUCAUACAACGACGAUCAUACAACACACUCUGGGAUGUUAUUAGUAAGCACCAGUUACGAAUGCAGAAUGUCUUGUGGUUCAAAUGCUGUUCCAUUCAAUUGGAGACACAAUUUUCCUUUGGACGUUUGUCCCAUGGCCUCUGCACAGUCUCGUCGCAAUUAUAUAAAUCAUGGUUACAUAUCUGUGCAGGUUUCGAAAGCCAACCUAGGAGGGUAUUGUACAUUUGGGAGGGGGGGGUCGGAACACAUUUGGCAUUAAGAUAAAUGUACCAGACAGUUGGGUAGUGUUGGAGUGGAGUCCGUCACAAGUCCAGUCACAAGCCCCUUCACUAGACCAGUCGUGAGUGACAUGGUGAACAGCAACAAAGGGAUACUUUUGUCUCAGUUCACUUGAACAGCUUUUGGCUUGACUUGUAAUGGGCUUGUAUUAGGCUCAACAAUAACAUUGCAGUUGGGAGUUCAUGAAUGAAAUGGUGGGGACACCGCUGCUCAACUCUGACCUCUUCACGGACAACGUGCAGCCUUGUAGUCGAGACCUCCCCAAACCAUCGCAAGACCGCACAAGACCACCACAAGUCCAGCACACGCUUCCAGUCUGAGUUCAAGUCACAAGCAAUUGCAGCAAUAGCAUUGCUCUAUCAUUGUUCCCACGGGUACUU